CAGGAGUGUUGGAUAUUCGUAAUCUUAAGAAUCAUGUCCUAUUGCAUCUUUCAAAACUAAUGGACGGUGUGGAUUUGUAACGAACAUUUCUAUAGGUCCCACACAGCUCUGGGCACAGAGAUAUCUCUGUGGCCGGGGUAACAGGCAAUCCGCUUCCCGGUGUGGCCGGGGUUUCACCUGUUCCGCUUCCCAGAAGAGGAUACCUACUUCAGAAAGCGCAUAAACCAGUGGGCGAUGGAUCCGUUCGGUGAAAUCGCCGGAGAUUGUGUCGUCUCUAUCUCUCAAGAGUUCGAUCUCGGCCGCUCCCUCUUCCGCGGCGAAUCUGUAGAUGGCCUCGUCGACUCGUCCGCCGGAGACGACGACGGAUAUUCUGGCCAGAUCCCGGAAUAUUCCACCGGAAUCUUCAUCUGCUCUCCCCCUCACAGCUCCUCCGACGAGGAGGAAGAAGAGGAAGGAGAAGCUUCUGCGCACGGAAAAUCUCGACCAGGUGUUCAAGAAAUGUCCGCAGAAACCCUAGGUAAUCUCAACAAAGAUGCCGACGCUGAUGCUGCUGAGGGCUGUGAUGACGGUGGAUUUUCCGCGAGAUCUUCUCCGUCCAAGAGAAAAUCAACGGUCGGGAUUGAAUUAGGGUCUUCUUCCGGGAGUAAAACAAAGAAAAUCCGCUUCUCGGAGCCGCAUUGCGUCGAGAAUGUCAAUGCUUCUGUUGAUCUAGGACUUUCGAGGAUCGAUUCGAAGGGAAAAUCCCUGGUGGAGAAGGAUCUAGGGUUCUUUGAGAGGAUCAAGUCUCGAUUUUUUACCGGAAAAUCUCCGGAUUUAAGUUCUCCGGAGCCAAAGGGAUAUUCUUUGUCGCCGCUGAGGAUCGGCAGUGGCGAUAAUGCAGCAGAUGCUGUCACUGCUCCUCCAGAUGUUGUCGGAGAAGUUUGUCAAAGGGAUGGUGCGAAUCUAGGGUUCGUAGAGAGGAGCACGAAGAGACCCCAUGCCUCAGAAGAAAAAUCUCCUGCUGCUGAGAAGAAUCUAGUGUUUUCAAAGUCGAAGGGGAAUUCUUCUGGAAAGUCUAUGGUUGUGGAGCUGCUGCAGGGAAUUGACAAUAUCGGUGAUGCUGAUGCCACUGUUCCGAAGGGAAAAUCUCUGGGGAAGGAGGAUCUAGGGUUUUUGAAGUCAAAGGGAGAUUCUUUCAGACAAUCUACUGCUUCAGAGUUGCUGGAGAGAAUAAACAAUGUCGGGGAUGCAGAUGCCACCAUUUCGAAGGGAAAAUCUCCAGCAAAGAGGGAUCUAGUGUUGUCAAAAUCGACAGGAGAUUCUUCAAAUGAAGUUGCAGCAAAAUAUACGGAAACUUUUCAAGAAUCCACGGCUCCAGCCUCACUGGAAGUUUCAAAGGAGAAAUCUCUGGCAGAAAGGAACCCGGAAUUCUCAAAACAAUCAGGAGAUUCUUCAAUUGAAGUUGCAGCAAAAGAUUGGGAAAGUGUUAAAAAAUCUAAGGCUCUAGCGUUGCCUGAACUUCCUCCAGGCAAUGGUAAAAGGCCUUCUAGCAAGCGAAAUGCUAUCCUUCCUUAUGGUGAAUCUCCAGCUGCAAAAAAUCUAGUUUUUUCAGAAUCUCCAGAAAAACUCCCAACCAAAUCCCCUGCCAAAGAUCAGCCAUCGAAGCCUACUGAUGGAAUCCCAAAUGCAUCGAAAGAUCCACCAUCGAAACAAGCUAGCAAAGAUACUGGAAUAGAGAAUUUGCCAUCUGAUAUACAUCAUGAUCUGGAGAGAGAUCCAUCCGGUAAAAAUGCAGGACUACCUAUUGACGUGUUUCCAAAUUUUAGAUGCAGCAAAUCCAGCAACCCGCUAGGAUAUCCACCACUGAAGCUAUUCAAAGAAGCUAUGGGAAUUGCUAAGAAAGGUUCAACCAAUGUCCCUGGGCCUCGGAAACUGCCGCCUUCGAUUCAAGGUCCAUCGGAGGAAAAGGCUGCAGGUUCAGAUAGAGGCGGGAAGCUGAUUACCACACAGAAAAUACCCGAGAGUUCAAAUAUCAAGAAUCUUCUAGAUAUGGUGAAGGCACUAUCAAAGGAAUCGGACCGAAGUAUCGGAAAUGAGAAUAUUCUGGAAGUAGCAAAACGGGCUGGGUAUGUAUUUCCCCGGCCGCAGUGGUGGCGACCUGAGGGUUACUCAAAGACAUGAAGCUACGGGCCCUGUUGCUGAAGACAUGUUUCAUUGGCAAGCAACCAUUAUGGGACCCCCAGACAGUCCUUAUGCAGGGGGCGUCUUUAUAGUUACUAUUCAUUUUCCUCCAGACUAUCCAUUUAAACCACCUAAG